AUGCCAGCUGGAAAGACUUCUCAAGACUACCACUUUCAGUUUCAACUAAGAAGCCUAACCUAUAUCAUACUACAACACAAAUUCCCCCUUCAACUACCAGCGAAUCUGUCCGCAAUGCAACUUCCGAUGUCGUUGAUUAGAACGGCCCUCAGGCCUACCAUAUCAGUGUCAGCGCGGUUCGCAUCUCGACAAGUGGCCAUCGGCUUAGGUCGAUCUCGCUUGAUAUCACAGAGUGUGUCGAAGAAUGGCGCCGCUGAGGUCCACGGUGUCGGGCUUGUAGAGCAGGCCCCUUCCACUCUCGAAAGGGAGUUUUGGCGUGCGGUUCCGGUGUGGAGGGAUGUCGGCGAAAGCGACUUCCUCAGCUAUCGCUGGUCGAUUGCGAACCUUGUGCAAGGCCCUGAGAAGCUCCACAAGUUUCUCACCUCUGUACUUCCAGAGGAGAUUCCGCUGGACCAAGCGAGUGGGACGGUGCAAAGCCAACAAGACCUCAUCGCCGAUAUAUACGCGGGGAUCUCAGCGGCCACGAUGGCUCUCAGGAUGACGCCAUACAUUCUGAGCCGCAUCAACUGGCAGAACCCUCGAACUGAUCCAGUUUUUCGGCAGUUCAUACCUCUCAAGUCCAUGAUGCGACCCGAUCACCCCAACCUCGUCUUGGACUCUCUCCACGAGGCAGCAGACUCGCCCGUUAACGGACUGGUCCAUCGGUACCCGGACAAGGCCUUGUUCCUGCCAACCUCGGUAUGCCCGACGUACUGUACCUUCUGCACGCGGUCCUACGCCGUUGGAGCUGAUACAGAGAGCGUCCUUAAGUCGUCCCUGAAGCCAACCAGGAAGAGGUGGGAGCAAUGCUUCGAGUACAUUGAAAGCCAGCCCGCACUCCAGGACAUUGUUGUCUCUGGUGGAGAUUCAUACUAUCUCCAACCAGAGCAUAUCAUGAUGAUUGGAGAGAGGCUGAUCUCAAUGCCGAACAUCAAGCGGUUCCGCUUUGCGUCCAAGGGUCUGGCAGUCAGCCCAAACAGGAUCAUUGACCGAUCCGAUCAGUGGGUCGACGCCAUUAUCAGCGUCUCCAACAAGGCCCGGAAGAUGGGCAAGGCCGUGGCUUUGCACACGCACUUUAACCACCCCAAUGAGAUUUCGUGGGUUACGGAGCUGGCAGCUCAAAAGCUUUUCGAGGCGGGCGUGACUGUUCGCAACCAGACGGUCCUUCUCCGAGGCGUCAACGACAAUGUUGCGACCAUGUCGCAGCUAAUCCGGUCGCUAGCUAAUAUGAACAUUCUGCCGUACUACGUCUACCAGUGCGACAUGGUGGAGAAGGUGGAACAUCUCCGAACCCCAGUCCAGACCAUCCUCGACCUCGAGAAACAGAUCCGAGGCUCGAUUGCGGGAUUCAUGAUGCCGCAAUUUAUCGUGGACCUUCCCGGAGGUGGUGGCAAGCGACUGGCCCACUCCUUUAAGUCGUACGAUAGACGCACAGGUCGGUCAACGUACGAAGCGCCUGCGGUAAAGGGCCGAGGCAAAGAGAACAAGGUUUAUGAGUACUGGGAUCCCAUUGAGCCCUCGGUGGAGGACGAGGGCACAACGCAAGAUAACUAUGCGCAGGUGGUCCAGCAGGCCUAA